AUGAUGCAAGCUAGGAAAAUCAAGUACGACAUCAUCGGACUAACCGAGAUAAGAAGGCACCGCCCACUGCACGAUGUAUUUGAAACUGGAGAAGAACUGUUCCUUGGAACAUGCGACAGCAGAGGCGUCGGCGGUGUAGGUGUCCUCGUCAAUACGCACUUGGCCAUGAACACCGAUUCGUACGAAAGCUUGACAAUCCGAAUCGGGCGUUUGCGAUCAAGAAGUAUGGCUCAACCCCACGUCCAACCAUCUGCCUACGCACCAACAUCGAGCUACGAUGAAGAAGAGCUGGAGGCGUUCUAUAUGGAUCUGGAGAAGCUCUACAGAGAAGACCAUACUUUCUUGAAGGUCAUCGUCGGUGAUUUCAACGCCAAGAUUGGCCCCAGAAGAACGACUGAAGAGCUCCACAUCGGGACUCACGGAGUGGAAUGGAAUGAGCAGGGUGAAAGGUUAUACGAAUUUAUCAUGUCGAAUCACACUAUCCAUGGUAACUCGCAGUUCCAGCUCUCAUUCUCGAUAGACAUGGGAUCGCCUGGUAGGCAGUUCCAUAAUGAAGUAGAUCACACCAUCGUCAAUCGGAAGUUUUGCCUGACUGACGUCGCUGUUGUUCAGAUGUUCUACACGGGAUCAGACCAUCGUCUCCUCCGCGCUAGAUUCCGCUUUUCUGUGCGUGGAGAGAGCUGCGAAGUUCAGGAAACGAAGCCCCAAGACUGUGGUCAAUUGAGAUCACUUCGCUUCAUUGGUGAGUUUGUGGGAAGAUUCCGUCAACGACAACAUCGACGAAGAAUACGACCGGCUCGUCGAACAUCUUCACGAUUGCACCGGGCGAGCCGAAAGUCUCAAAGAGGUCAAGAAACGUCUCUCCUCGAAGAUUCUUGA